AUGGGCGCCCCCUCUCCCGGGCCGGUGUGCCCUCUCUGCCUGGGCAGCCUGCAGGAAGAACCCCAUGCAGACGGGGAGGCAAGCCUGCCAAGCGCCAGCCUCCAGCCUGCCGUGCAGGCGGUGGUGGACAAGUACGAGGUCCCGGUCGGCCAGGGCUUCUCCCUGGACGUCAGCCUGCCGGCGGCCGCAGCCGUCCGCGCUCGGGCGAUGGCCGUCCGCCACCCCGGCGCCUGCGCCGGCGCCUACGUGGACCUGAAGGAGGCGCUGCGCCUCAGAUUCACGCCGCCCCUGGAGGCCGUGCUGGGGACGAGCUGCGCGCCCGGGGCGGGGCUGCGCUUGACCCUGGCGCUCAGCGCACCGGGCGUUGCGGGCGAGGGCGCCUGGCUGGCGCAGGGCAUCCAGCAGCAGGUGGACCAGAGCCGGCGGCGGCGCCACACCGGGAAGCGGCGGCACGGCAAGCAGGACAUCGUCCCCGCCGAUGCGAUGGUGGCGUCGGCCCGCCUGCUGGGGCGCGACAUCCCACAGUCGCCCUGGUUCAUCGAUGGCGAGCGCCGGGGGGGGGUCUCGCUGGAGGAGCGCCUGGCGGCGGUGGUGCUCCCCGGCCUGCGCUGCUCCGACGCCUCCUUCCUUUCUUCUGGCCGCGAGGACAUGGACGUCCGCAUGCUGGGCACCGGCCGGCCCUGGGCGCUGGAGCUGCGGGACGCGGGGCGCGCGCCGCCGGACCAUGGCGCCUGCCUGGACCUGGAGCGUGGGAUCAACGAGGCCGAGGCGGGGCGCGUGGGCGUGCGAGGCCUGCGCGUCUUGACCCCGGCCGAGGUAGCUGCCAUCAAGGCCGAGGACGGGGACCGGGAGAAGUCGUAUGUGGCCCUGUGCUGGGCCCCGCGUCCAGUGGGCGAGCAGGAGGUGGCGCAGCUGGAGGCGAGGCAGGGGCUGGUGAUUAAGCAGCAGACGCCCAUGCGGGUGCUGCACAGGCGGGCCAACCUGGUGCGACCCCGGACCGUUGUGUGCAUGCGCGUGAGGUCGGUGCCGUCCUCCUCGUGCUUCCUGCUGGGCCUGCGCACCCAAUCGGGGACGUAUGUCAAGGAGUUCGUACACGGCGACCUGGGGCGCACGGUCCCGUGCCUGGGGGACCUGCUGGGCAUGCCUGUGACCAUCCUGCAGCUGGACGUCAUGGACAUUCACAUGGAUUUCUGA